GGCCCGGGGGGUGCUGGGGCGCAUGCGCGGCCGGGCCGGUGCCCGCGGAGGGGCCGGUGCCGGUUGUCCCUCGGCCCUGGCUGGGAGCUGGAACGCCGGCGGGAAAUGAGGCGAGGCAGCCGCUUCCCGCGGUCUGGCGGCGGCGGGAGCGAAGUGCGGGGCGCCGGGGAUGCAGGACAGCAAGGCUGGGGCUCGAUCCCCCGGGCGUGUGCGUUAAGGAACGGGAGACGUGGAGGGAGAGCUUCCCCACCGAGCCUGUGCGGUCAUUGCUGACACCGAGGAAUUCGAAGCAGGGGAACCUAAUUAGGAUUUAUAGGAUGAAACUAGUCAAGGGUACGUUUUGUGUUUGCUGGGUGGGAGGUCUGGAUGGUGAGCCCCUCUGAGCAGUAUCUACCACCUUUGUACCUGCUAAGCAGACCUUUUCCUAUAGAUGGGAACGGGGGAAGGAGCCCAGACGUGGCAACUCAUUCACAGGCUCCUGCCGGACCACCAUGGCUUAUGAUGGCACCAAGAAGAAAGAAGAGUUCCUAGAGAGUCACCGAGGUGUUGAUGACGGGCUGGCAACCAGCAGGAUACAGCGAGAGAAGAAGCGCUCUUACAAGGAUCUGCUGCAAGAGGAAGACGAGGUAGCAACUCAGGACAGUGAGUUUUUUCCAGGGACAGAACCUCACAAAAAGAAGAAAAAGCACUCCUCCGAUGAGUUCUGCUACAGAGGUGUUUCGCCUCUGGAUCUACCAUCAAAGAAGAAGAAAAAAGCAGCUUCUAGCCCAUCCUCAGCUGAUCCAACCAUGGAUUUACUCAAGGCUAUCACCUCACCUUUGGCCACAAGCUCAAAGUCUUCAAAGAGGACCUCUGAAAAAUCAUCUCAUUCUUCCUCUGGCCAUUCUGAAAGCAGAAAGGAGCACACCAAGAAAAAGCUGAGUGGGAGCAGUGGGGAACACUCAGUGGACGAUGGCAGCUCCCACAAAUCUAAAAAAAUGAAACCUCUCUAUGUGAACACAGAGACACUUACUCUUCGUGAACCUGAUGGCUUGAAGAUGAAGCUCAUCCUCUCACCAAAAGAGAAAAGUAGUACAGCAGAUGAUGAUGCUUUAUCCUACUCUUCAACACCAGCAGCUGCAAAGAAAUCUUCAAAGAAAUCAGCUCGAGAUGAGCAAGGCUCAUUUCUGCUGGGUCAUGAACUGCAGAGCUUCCUGAAGUCAUCCCGAAAGAAGCACAAACCACCUUCUGACUCACAUCCGCCUUCUGAGAGUUUUGGUGCUGACACCUCCCUUCAUUCAGAAGGCCACGGAAGUGAGUAUGAGAUUCCAGGUACGGAAGCGCCACCAGAAUCUGGUUCUUCUUCUGGUGGAGAGUUGGAGGCUGGAGAGCUAGUGAUAGAUGACUCCUACCGGGAAAUCAAGAAGAAGAAGAAAUCAAAAAAAAGUAAGAAAAAAAAGGACAAGGAGAAACACAGAGAGAAGAAGCACUCUAAGUCUAAAAAGAGUUCUGGGCAUUCUCCUGUGGCGGUAGCAGAAGUAAGGGUGUCACCACCACCUCCCAGUACCCCCUAUGUUGUUCCUCCACCUCCUCCUGCUGUUUUUCACUCAGAUGGUCAAGGUGAGAAAAGGAGGAAAAAGGAAGACAAGGAGAAAGACAAAGCUGAAAAAUGGGAAAAGGAGAAGGAAAGAGACAAGGAAAAGGAGAGAGACAAGGAAAAGGAGAGAGACAAGGAAAAGGAGAGAGACAAGGAAAAGGACAGAGACAAGGAGAAGGACAGAGACAAGGAAAAGGACAGAGACAAGGAAAAGGAAAGAGAAAGAGAAAAAGAAAGAGAAAAAGAAAAGGAAAGAGAGAAGGAAAGAGAAAAAGAAAAGGAAAGAGAGAAGGAAAAGGAAAGAGAAAAGGAAAAAGAAAGAGAAAAAGACAAGGAAAGAGAAAAGGAAAGAGAAAGAGAAAAACCAAAGAAGAAAAACAUGUCUGCCUAUCAAGUGUUUUGUAAAGAGUAUCGUACAACUAUUGUGUCUGAGCACCCUGGAAUAGAUUUUGGAGAGCUAAGUAAAAAACUGGCAGAAGUGUGGAAGCAGCUACCUGAGAAGGACAAACUGAUCUGGAAACAGAAAGCUCAGUAUCUCCAACACAAGCAGAAUAAAGCAGAGGCCACUACUGUGAAGAGAAAGGCAUCAUCUUCAGAUGGUGCACCAAAAAUGAAAGCUUCUCCAACAGGAGUGAUUUCCCCUCAUAAGAAAUCCCCCACAAGCACCGUGGUGGUGCCUUCCUCACCAGCCAAAGCCCCUGAGACAGAUCCUAUUGAUGUAGCUGCACACUUACAGCUGCUGGGUGAAUCCCUGAGCCUCAUUGGACACAGACUGCAGGAAACAGAGGGAAUGGUGGCUGUUUCAGGAAGUUUGUCAGUACUUCUAGAUUCAAUCAUCUGUGCUUUGGGUCCAUUGGCAUGUCUGACCACACAACUGCCUGAGCUGAAUGGCUGCCCGAGGCACGUUUUGUCAAACACACUAGACAACAUUGCCUACAUCAUGCCUGGACUUUGAUGGGAAAGGAUCCUGGGAUGUACUCAACCUCUGCGUAACUGAUUUGUGUACAUAUGCACUACGCGGCGCUCCUGAAGGGCUCCAUGUGGAGGCUUUUAAAGUUUUAUAUGUGUAUAGUAUAUACAUAGGAUUGUAACUAUUUGACUUCUAUUUUAUGAAAAGUUGUGAAAUUAAGCUGAGAAAACCCUUUUGUGUCAGUGGGUGAAAUGUCCUCCAGUCUGAAAGUACUUUGUAUGAAGAAUUCAGAACACUUUUGAGAUACUUGCCUUAAUUUCAGAUCCUUUAGUGGGGGAAGCAGGCAGAGAAUGGACUUCUCGAUGUAAAGAAGAAAGCUGUCACCAUGAGAAAGGUCAUUGAAACAGUUGGCCCAGAGGGGUUCUUGACUCUCCAUUCUUGAUGGUUUCAAAAAUUGAAUGAGCAGCUUCCUCUAGCUGGACUUUCUUUAAGCAGGAAGAUGGACCAGAUGACCUCCUGAUACCCCUGCCAGCCUAAAGUAUUCUGAUAUUCUAUGGGCAGAUAGAGAUGAUAAUAUAUUUUGGACCAAGGAAUAGAACUGAAUUCUUCACCAGCCGUAUUUGUAACUCUUUUUCAGUUUAAAAUCCACUGCUUGAGGGGAAAGCUGGAUAGCUGAUUAAAGAUACAGAGGUCUUUGCCUCUUGGUCGCUUCCUCCAACCCUCACUCCUCAGUCAGUAAUAACUGAAAGUUGUCAGUGUCAGCUGGCUGGUCUGGUAGCUGGCAUUUGAAGUGAAGUAGAAGAUGUCAACAAGUUUAAUUUUUUCUUGUGGACUCAUACCCAAAUCAUCAUUAGCACAAUGUAUCAACCAACUGCAUUUGCUUGAGAGAAUGAACCUCCUGCUGGCUUUUUCCAGGGCAUGGUCAGCCUGCUUUGAUGGAGAGGAGUGCAGAAGCAGAUGGGAAAAACUUGGAUUGCUUCUGCCCAUCUUGCACCUGUUUUAUGAGAUUGGUCACCCCCCAUCCCUUUCACCAGCACUAUUGAAAGAGCUGUGGUGCUGCUGCAAGGCAGUGACUGCUGACCAGUUUGAAGCAGCUACGGCUGAGUAAGGCACAUGUGGGUUGAUUGGACCGGUUCCUCCUCCUUCCAGCCACAUACUUGGAGUUUGGUUUUCUGCUCCUCUAGAAGAGGAGAUGCAGAAGAAGACUUGAUUCCUGUUUAGACUUUUGUCUGUCUUGUAUGUUUAUGUGGUGUUCAUAUCACAUGUAUUUAACUUUUACCGAUAUCUGUAACAGAUUUUAAUUUAUCCUGUAUAUUUCUCUGUGUGUGUGUGUGUAUAUAUAUAUAUAUACAUAAUUUAAAAGCAAAAAUCCCUCCCUCAGCCAACAGUGUGUGGAAAAUAGGAAUCAACUUUGCCUCACCUGUUCCUGCAGAAAUCAGCUAUAUGUGGGAAAACACCAAGAAGAUUCUAAGUGUUUGUAAAAACAGGCCAUCUUGUGAAAGAAGGUAGAAAAACUGAAAUAUAGUUUGACUCAAACCUUUCCAGCUCUGUCACAAGAAAGUUUUAAAAUUACAGAACAGCCAUUUUUUACAUUCAAGUAAGUCUAGCUUCUGUUUUUCAGGAUAGUUGAAAGUGAACUGUCCCUCAUUCUGGCUGAGCCCCAAAUCGGAAGUAAAUUAAAUCCUUGGGAGUGCAGGAGGGUUUUUCUCCCAAUACCUCUUCACUAUGUAUUCCCCAGAUGUGCCUGUGUACAAGGUAGUCUCUCUCUUACAGAGUUUUUCUCAGUGCAGUGAGAGGUUUUGUGAGUCAGUUAGUGGAGGAGGCAAAAGGUUCUCAGACCACUGGACCAGAACACACGUUUUAGCAACAUAUGACAAAUCCCAGUGAGCCUAGAAUUAGGAAGGUCCCAGGAGGGAUCCUAGCCCAUACAGAACCAUCUGCUGCUGGGAGCGGCACAAAAUAACUUUUUUCCAGCCCUUUACAAUUGAGAGCAUUGUGGUGAAGGGAUAGAUCUGCUCUCGAAGAAACAGAAGGGGAUAGCUUUAGCUUUGUUGUCUGUACAAUGAAAAACUCUUGAAGAGUGAAAAACACACACAACCCUGGUGUAUUGUAUUUUUAUUAAAAUUUGUACACUUUGUAUAAUCUGUAUCUUGUGGUAUUUGGUACUAUAGGGAAAACUUUGGCAAGACUUAGCAGUUUUUAUAUUUUUGUUAUUUCUUUGCUGUUUGGUCCCGAUUACAUUACAAUUAUACACAGAAACUUUUUUUGUACUGUACUUACAAUAUAAUUUUUUUUUAACA